AUGGACUACAGAAGCUCAAGUAGAUCGAGCCGUUCAGGUUCUAGUCAGCAGUCAAGGCACCGAGACGCCAGCGGAAGACUCAACGAGGGCUCACAUUACGUCAAAACCUCAAGUAGUGAUCGAUCACGCGAAGUUCCCCAGGGCCGCAGCGGUUACAACCGAACCCGCGAACAUGGUCACGGUGUUUCACCGAAAGGCAGAUCCGGAUACAACUGA